AGUAAACUGACAUCUCAAGUUUAAAUGUGAGAAACAACACAUUUUGUUUGUUGACUUAUCUUUUUAUUAGUAUUUAGGUUAAUUAAUAUUUGACUAAAAUAAUUAUGAAUAUUUUUCAAACAGUUAAGCAUCUUCACCAAGAAGGUCUUUAUUCAAACAUCGUCCAACUGUUAAAUUUAACAUUGCCACAAUUCAGUUGCUAUUUGGAUAAUUUGCUUCCUCAGAAGGAAUACCAAAUUUACAUUUAUUUAGGAGAUGCCUAUUUCCAUGAGGGUGACUAUUGCAAGGCAGAGAAAAGCUAUCAAUUUGCUUUAGAUUUAAGAAAAACUUUUGCAAAAAACAAGAAGAAAAGUCAAAAUAGCUGGUUAAUUGAUGUUGCCUCGGAAGUCGAUAUUAAGUGCAAAUUAAGCCAAUGUUAUUUAAAAAUGAAUCAAAUUUCAAAUGCCACUUGGAUCCUAGAAAGUAUACCCCAGAAACAAAGAACUGCCAAGAUUCAUAAUAUUCUUGGGGAUAUUUAUCUUAAAGAAAAGAAGGAACUUUUAGCAAUCGCCUGUUACAAAGAGGCUCUUAAAGAAUGCCCAUUAGCUCUGCAAAUCAUUGUUAACUUAAUCAAGCUAGGCCUGAAACCUAACGAACUUUUAAAUAUGGUCAAUAUUGCUGGUUCUCCGAAUUUAGAAUGGUUAUCUAUAUGGAUUAAAGCUCAAUGUUCCCUUCAUUCUCCUGAUGUUAGUCAAGCUAGUGCACUUUUCCAGCAACUCCUCUCGUUAAAUCAUUUUCGAAAUAAUCCUGACAUUCUUCGAUCCCUGGGGGAAGCUCUCUACUACAGUGGAAACUACAAAAAAGCUAUUUCAGCAUUCAAAAAGGCCCAUAUCAGUGACCCGUUAUCUAUUAAAGGACUUGAUUUUUAUGCUGCCUGUUUAUUUAGGGAUUUUCAAAUGAAAGAAUUAGAGAAACUUGCAAACGAAAUGCUGCCCAAAUGUGAUUCAAAUUGUGGAAACGUGGAAUCAGCAGAACCGUGGAUUGUUUUAGGUUACUAUUGUUUAGGGGUUGAAAGAAAUGACAGAAAUAAUAAGAGAGAUCAUAAAGAAAUUCGAAUGAUUGAUGGAAGGACAACCAAAGCUCAACAUUUUGUCGAAAAAGCAUGUGAACUCAGUUUUAACUCAAUUGAAGCAUUAAUAUUGGGCGGACUCGUGGAACUUCAGGUCCAUACGUAUAGAUUAGACGACGAAAUAAGUAAACGGCUCAAUGAAAGGGCAAACAUUCGUAAAGAUUUGAUGAAGGAAGACCCUUUUAAAGAAGCACGGAAAUACUUCAAAGAAGCCUUAGAUGUCUCACCAUACCGAUUUGAAGCUUUAAAGGGUUUAACUGACGUCUACUUGGCUGAAAAUAAACGAUCUCAAGCUUCAUCAAUCAUUGCUACUGCGUUUAAACUUUUAGGACAAAAUCCUAGAACAUUAACUCUUUAUGCCGAAGUGCUCCUCUCGGAUCCCGAUAAAGGCUCGAAUAAAAAAAAUGCACGGACAUCUCUGGAAAAAGCAAUUAAAAUAGAUCCAGGUUAUCUUCCUGCUGUUUAUUUACUAGUAACAAUUUAUACAGAGGACAAAAAGGUUGACAAAGCCAUCGAAACACUUUUAAAUGCCAUUGAAAAAGAAAGCAACGAGAAACUCCACCGUUUGCUGGGAGACUGCUACAAGGAAAAAAAUGAGCAAGAUAAAGCUCUCCAUCAUCAUAAUAUUGCUUCAAAAUUGGAGGUUAAUUAUGGAGCUAAUUGUAUAGCCUCUCAAAGAUUAGAGCAUCCAUCGUGUCGAUCUGGUGCAGCUGAAGCAUCCAUCGAAAUUGAAGACGAACCCGAGAUGGAAGAUGAACCACAAGAGUCUGAAAAUGAUAUUGAUGAAAGUGAAGCAGACGGUCUAGGCUGGACUUGAUUUUUUAUUGAUAACAGUCUUGUAAUAAGACCAAACAUUGCAUUGUAAUUUUAUUUUGUGAAAAGUAAACAAAUGAACUAUAUGCUUUUUGCAUUU